AGUUUUCUUUGACAGGAUUCAUCGCAUAUCGCUCAAAAAUCGCACUCCACUGUCCACUCGUACAAAACGACGAACGAAUCUAAUACAAGAUACAACAGAACAGCAGCAGCGGUGAAAAAUCGAAUUUUCCUCCUCCGCACAAAAUAAAGAAAAAAAAAAUCAACAAGAAAAUUUCAGACAAAAGUGCUCCCCGUUCGCAAUUCAAAUAAAGUUUAAUUAUUUGUUUUUUAAAAAAAGUUGUAUAACAACGACGACGGUUAUUGUGUUGUUUUGUUUUAAUCGUUUCCUUUUGUAUUUAUUUCAAUUUCAACUUGAACUUAGUAAAUUCGCAUGUACAUACAUACUGGCGGCGGUGUGCUGCACAGGCUGCUUGCAAAAAAGAUAGAACAAAAUUCGUACUUGAUAUGGUGCUGAGCUGAUCUGAUGCUUAUGGUGAUUUGUUAAUGAGUUUAAAAAUAAAGUACAUAAAUCACUCGAUAAACAACUGCGAGUGUCGAACAACCUAAAUAUUGAAAUCAAAGGAUUUGCUUAUAUAUCAAAGAGUUUCAAAGCGUGAGAGGACAGAAUACGUUCAUAGCACAUUGGGCACUUAACUUCUACAAAAUUAUUAACAACAUGACGACCACGACGACAAAUGAUGAAAUCCAAAGCAGAAAAGCUGAAGAGAAUCCCAUAAAGAAAGAUCCCAACCUCCCAGAAAAGCAUUUCGUUGUACAUUUCCUAGCCAGCUUCCAUGAUAUCUGUGUUGUUACCGCAAUGCUUCCGCUCUUCACAUUAUUGUGUUGUUUUGUCUCUGCGUAUGUCUUCCAAGCUGAUGAGGUCCAUGAAACACAUUGCCGAGUUUAUAACAUAAUACCAUCGAUAAGUGCAAUUACCGGAGUUAGCCCUCAACGCUACUUUUGGAGAAUAAGUAUCGCCUUACACAUAGGACCCAGACUGCCUAUAGCAGUUGUCUACCGAAACUACUAUCGUAGCCUUAUAAGCAAAUUAAAUUCUCCAGAAUCCAUAAAAAAGGCUGAAGUCUUGGCACGUUUGGUAUUCUGGUUAAAUGCAAUUGAAAUAACAUCACUUGGAGGAGUUACUUAUAUUUCAAAUCGAGAAAAUUAUCCUCUUCAUGAAAAAAUCUUUAUAAUCUUCAUGACAUGUUCCUUGUGUCAUAUGUUGGCUACAAUCAAAUUAUAUAGCAUUCUUCAUGACGAAGAAUCCAUAACCGAUUCUCAAAGGGUCUCACUCAAAUGGAAGAAGAUACUUUUUGCAAUUUCUAUUCUAAGUACGAUUGGUCUGUUGGUAUUCUUUGCCAAACAUCGAUUUUAUUGUCAUGAUUUAGCAUUCAGUGUUUUUGCAUUUUGCGAGUACGUCAUUGCAGUGGCCAAUAUGUGUUUUCAUUUUACCAUCAUUUGGGACUUUCCAUCACAGUACAUGUUUAUUGCGCAAGGACCUCUAACGCUUAUCGAAGAUCAUAUAUGCAAACCUGCACCCUCGCCGCUGCCACCGUCAAAAAGUGAUAACGAAACGGAAACAAAAAAGAAUGAUUAAGCUGUGAGAAACCGAACGGAUUUUACUUUUUUUUAAAAAGUGUUUUCCGUAAACAUUUUAUUUUUUUUUGUCGUCGUUCGUUGUAAAAGCUCAACUAUAUUGUGUUAACUUCUAUGACACAAUACCUUACCCCCCAAAAAAAAAGGGAAACAACACUCAAAGAAAAAAAAAAAAACAAAACAUAAAACAAGCCGUUUAGGGUGCCUCAAGAAAACUUAAACAAAAAGAAAAACAAAACUUUUUUUUUGUCUUAGAAAUAGUAACGAAAUAAUUACGCCGAUGUUGAAGAUGUCUUUAGAAACAGGAUAUGGUAUGUACUUUAGAUUUGAUUAAAAGGUAUUUAUUUAUUAAUUUAUUUAUACAAUUAUUAUACAAAAACAAAAUAAUGAUGGAGAUAAGGAAACACAAUUUUAAUAUUCCUCUGAAGAAAGAACUAUGGCUGAGUGUAUUGAAAUAAGUUUGUUAGGGUUUUUGUGUUUUAUUAAAAACAUAUUUAUAUUAAUAGAGGUUCAUAAGUAGGUAAUUUAUUAGACAAAAAACACUUCUAUUAAUUUACAUAAAUAUAUAAAACAUUUAUAAUGGAAAAUUUAGCACAUGUAUUCAGCUCGUUCAGUUGUUUGAGCAAAAAUCGAUUUUCAAAAAAAUCUAAUCAAACUGCGCACAAAUUUUGUAUACUCGAGAGUUAGUUGAAGGCACUAGUAAAAAAAAGCUCGUCUCAAUUUCUUUGUUUUAAACAUUCUUUUGGAGAUUCUUCUUUGUUUUUCCAAGAAGAUUAUUAACUAUUAAUUUAACUAACUGAGAAUGAAGUUGCUACUUAAAAAAAAAAAACAUCUUCUGGUCUACCUGAAGGAUUCAAUGAUUUUACUUUUGAAAAUCAUGAAUUUAGAAAUGUUUUUUUUUUUAGCACAACAGGUAGACUUUUGCCGCUUUAUCUGAAUAUCUGUCAAAAAACAACAAAUUUUUGAACUUUUGAAACUUAAUUCAGUGGGCAGGAGGUCAAUUCUCGAUCUGUUAAGUUUAGAGGUGAUACAUUUUUAAACUCUUUAACCUUAAUUCCGCUUCUCGAUGAGUUAAAAACUAAAAACGAAUUUCACAAAUAUUUCAUAUCGCAAAUUUCUAACAGAAAUCAAUGAAUUUUUAUUAUAUAUUUAAUGUCCUCAAUAACUUAACAAAUUCGAUCUUUAAGGUCUUGAAUCUAUUGUGGAUCAUUGACAUAAAACUUAUAUCUCAUGUUUAGUUAAAAAAAAGAUAAAGUAAAAAAUCCCAAGAUCUCAAUUUCCUGUUUUCUUGUUAAAGACUAGACGAAAAAGACUCAAAAACAUGAAAUGCAAUUGUUUUUGACUCAAGACUUUUUUACCUUAUGCCAAAGAAUUGAAACAGGUGAAAGCAAUGAUAAUUUUUUCCAAACAAAUUUAUAUUCUGAUUUAGAAACUGACAGGAUUCAUAGUUGUGUACACACUUUGAAAAUAGCUUAUGACGAGUUCAUGAAAAAAUAAAAUGAAAAAAAUCUCUGAAAACCGAAAUAAUCAUCAAGUUAGUCAAAAUUCUAAAAUUCAGACUUAAAAACUGACAGGAUUUAUAGUUUAGUACUUUUUAGUACACAUUUUGAAAACAUUUUCUGCAUAUAAAAUAAACAAAUCUCUGUGAAAAAAGAAAUAACCAUCAAGUUAGUUAGCGUUCUGAAAUUCAUCAAUCUUCAUCGAUCGAUUUCAGUUUUUUCGAACUUAAAAAGAAGCGAGCUUACGUGUGCUACAUUUCGAUUUUUGGGAUUUUGAAUUAAGUUGGUAUGAUUUGAAUUCGAAUACGCAAAAAGUAAAUAAACCUUAAGUUUUGUAUGCACUUUUUUUGUUUAUAAUUAACGGGUACCCAAGGGGUCUUUAAUACCCUUAACAUGUUUAAAGUUUAAACACGGUGCGAGCUUUAGGAAAAUAGGGAAGAAUUAAGGAUGAGACACCAUUGUUGCACUUUAGUCUUAAUUGGCACUUGAUUUGCAAGAAGUUGUAGCUUCCACUUUGUAUUUAAGGAAAGUACAAAGUAUUAAAAACGAUUUUUCAACAAAUUAAGGCUCGUUUCACACUACAGAGUUUUGACCGUACUGCAAAAACCGGACGGCGACAUUUUGUUAGAGGCGCGAGGAAGAGGAUAUACGCUUUCAUAUUAUACUGUCACGACAAAAUGCCGGCGCCGCGCCGCCCGCCGUGUAGCACCCCUCUACUGCCACUACAGUAUACGAAUACGAUUUUAUUCCUACUGCAGAGUUCCAUCAGCCACUUCAAGACACGAUUACUACUAUACUAAGCACAGGAACCCUACAUAUAUCGUGUUUAACCGUUUACCGUACGGUUAAAACCGUAUAAUGUGUAAUUGGCCAUUUAUUCGGUUUAUGCCGUCCGGUUUUUUGCCGUACGUUCAAAACCGUGUAGUGUAAAACGAGCCUAAAUGUCUUCUCUGUACUAAAAAAACGUUACUAUAAUUAAAUACCGGAGUCCUUCCCACCGAUGAUGCUUAGAGACUGCUUAUAGCAAAAAAAUGCAACUAGUUUUAUUUCACUUGAAGUUAUUUCGACAAGUAUUCGAAGUUACUAAAUCGAUCGAAUAAUAGAACCUUGAAAACAAUUUUACUCGAUUCUCAAUGUAGAUUACGAUUUCAUUUCACACGAUUUUAGGAACCCAGGUGAAUAUAUUUAUUGACAUUUAAUUAUUUCACAGAUCGAGAAUUGACCCCUUCAGAUCAUAACUAUUACUUAAGAAUUCAGUUCGCUCAUAACUUAUUUUUAUUUUAAAUUCAAAAGAUGAAAGGGCAUUUUGGUCUACCCACGAGUGAUAUAUAUGACUUUAAAAAGCUUGAUCUAUAAGAUAAUUUUUUUCAUUGGUACCAAAGGUUCCAAUUAGUGUGCCAUUAAAAUGUCUAGUACCCACAAUAAUUGUGAUAUACAAUUUUGUAUAUCUCUGCUUUCUUCAACAUUUUUGGAGGUUAUAGCAUUCCACACCAUUCUGACAGAGAGCCCAAUGACUUUUGCUAUCUCACUUAUGGAUCAACCGCUGUUAUGCAGAGCUAAAAUGGCUUCUCGGUGGUCUUCAGUGUAGUGCUUUGCCCUUCCCAUUUCUAUGUGACAUUUUUAUAAAAGAAAUGAGCCUUAUAUUUCAAAACUUUUCUCAGAUUAACACCAAAAAUUUGACUUUUUCAAGCUAGUAAUAAUUUUUUUUGGAUUUUUAUUCAAAUGUUGCUAUUUUUUCGGCCAGCAAAUUUUGUAGUUGCUAUCUACUGAGUGCAUAAUAUAACAAAUAACUCUUGUUUACUCACAAGAUCAAACGUUGAAUAGAUUGGCAAUAAAAUAACCGUUACAAUAACACAGCUAUUUGUUCACAUGUUCGCAUAAAAGUAAGGAGCUUUGCUAUUAUUUUGGCCAUGGCUGUACAAAAUAAUUUCAAUUAAAGUGAUAUUACAGUGGUCGGCAUAACUAUUUUGACAGAGUGAAUAUAUUGUUAUUUUGAUAUUUAAAAGAUUUGAUGGCAAAACUGAAAUAGGACUUGGAUCUUAGGCAAAAAAUGGAUAAUUUGAUGGCACAGUUAUUUUAUUAUAAUUGGAUAAGUGAAUAAAAAUUAAAAUCUCUUUUUUGUAUGGCAUAAUUAUUUUGACAGUUUUAUUUUAACUUAAAAAAAAAAACACAAUAUGUAAAACUUAAAACUAAAUUAUUGAUAAAUUAGUAGAAAAUGUAGCCUCCUUUAGCAUCUAUGACUUUUUGAAGUCGUCUUUAAACUGAUUUCACAAGUUUCUGGAGCAUUUCUUGAGGUAUUUCAUCCCAAAGAGUUUUCACCUCAAAAAUAGUCUCAUCCCUCCUGCAACUCAAUGGUGAAUUCCUCUUCCUUUUUAUAUAAGCCCAUACAUUUUCUAUGACAUUUAAGUCAGGGCUCUGGGGUGGCCAGUUGAGGGUUUCCAAUUCAAUGUCAUUCAGAAACUUGGUAAUCACUUUGUUUUUGUGGCAAGGGGCAUUAUCUUGUUGAAAAAUGAAAAAGUCUGCAGCCAGAUGGAAAUUCGUUCUCAUUUAACACAUCUAAAUAUUUGCUUUGGUUCAUGGAGCCAUCGAUUGGAACUAGGUCCCUAUGACCGCUUUUAGAAAUGCAUCCCCAAAACAUUACUGAUCCACCACCAUGGGACAUGGUCUGCAAGACUGGAUCAAACGUUGUAUGCAAUGCAUUCCGCAUUUGAAAAGAUUUCUUUUUAGGUGAUCCAUGAAACUAAAAGAACUUUCAUCAGCCUAUAAAACUUUGUUCCAGAUGCUAAGAGGCUAAUUUACAUAUUCCCUUGGGAAUUUCAAUCUUUUUAAUUUGUUUUUAGGAGUUAUAAAUGAUAUCUUUCUUACGGUAUACGUGCCUAUAUUAUAAUUUUUGAGACGUCUGCAAAUUGUUUUUUCACUAACGGAACUUUUUUGGAGGGAUUUCAUUUCAAGCUGCAAGCUUUUAAGGGUUAAUGUAGGAUUUUUGGUGAAUUCUCUCAAAAUGUGCCUGUUUUCUUUUAGAGUAGUUUUUCGUUUUCUACCCUUUGUUUGUUCUUUUAUGUUUGUUUAUUUGGUAGUGUACGGUUUGUUUUAAUAAAUUCAGUUCUCUGCAUAUUUGUUUAAUAAACACGCCGGAAUUAAAUCUUGCGACAAUAGAUGCUCUAACCUCAAUACUUAGUUUUGCCGUUUUAGCCAUUUUUGAACUUUUUGAUAUAUUCUUUAAAUUUGUAAACAAAAUUAUUUUAACUUACCAAGCAUACAGAAGAACAUCUGUUAAAAUAGUUUUGUCACUCAAAAAAUAGCACUUUGAAAGCAAAAAGAGCAGCUUGCAGCAGAACACCUUCAAAAUGACUGAGUUUGACCAUCACGUGAUCUAUUAUAACAUACUUAUUAACUUCUUAUCGAUUUGCUCUCUUAAAACUUUAACCGUUAUAAAUUAUUAUCACAAGAGCGAGAGAUGUACAUCUGUCAAAAUAGUUAUGCCGACCACUGUACUUCGUCUGGCUUUGAUUUCUCCGUCAAAAUAAAGUCUAAUGAAAUGACAACAAAUUUUCCAUGGAAACAUUUUCGCGGAAGCGUUAAAUCACUUUGUCCAGGUUUAUUUGUUGGUCGCUAAUUUAAGCCAACUCUCAUUGUUUAGGAUACACAAAAUACUAGUAUCUAAUCACUUUUAUUGGUCUCAUUUCUGGGCGCUGGGUAGACCAGGUCCCAUAUAUUUGUGCCUAUUCUCCUUUUAAUUAGAAGUUUUAUACAAAGAAAUUGUGUGCAGUUAUUAAGUUAAAAGUUUCUUCUCUCAUGAAUAUAUUUUCUCUGAGCAAUUUAAGCUACAGUUUUACAUGUGUUCUAAAUAGUCUACAUUUUUUAACAUCCCCUAUUUCGAUCUAUACCUCAUAUUAAGCUUAGAAAAAUCUUUUAAAAAUAAGCUUUCCUAUAAAUUUUUAGAAAAUCAUUGUUCUAUGUUGUUGCUGAAACUAUUGAUUUUUGCUAUUUUCUACAAUUUAAAAAAUAAAAUAAAGUUUCUAAUAAAAAAAAAGAAUACCACCACUGAAAAAACAACAACCUCUAAUAAUAUCUUAGUCAAAGAAGCUGAAUCAAUCUAUUUAUUUAUCAUAAAAAAAUUAUGUACCCUUUACACACAAAAAGCUAAAACAAACCAAAAGAAUAACAAAAAAAGAACAAUGUAUUUUAUUGUAUAAUACACAAUAUAUUUUCUACAUUUUCUACACUUGAUUUAUUAAUUUAUUAAAAUAAAAACAAAAAACGAGAAAACUUACAAUUGUACAUAAAUAUAUACCUACUUAUAAAACAAAAAAUCAAAUAAUGCCUACAUUAAAAAUUUACUUUUAAAAUAAAAGAAGAAAAUAUUACGAAAGUUACUAACUAUGAGUAUUUCCCAUAAAAUUUUAUGGAAGUCAAAAAAACAAGAAAACAAAAUCAAAAAAAUAUGUAUGACAAAAAGUUUUCGAAAACAAAAAUGAUUAUUUAUACAAAUUUAAUGUUUCUAAAAGUCUUUCAUCUUGUAAAAAUGAUAUAAACAUAGAAACAUAGUCUAGUCAAUCAGAUAUUAUGAUUAUAAUAUUAGUAAUGAUAAUAUUGUAUUAUUUUAUUUUAUAGAACAAAUAUUUAUUUUUUUAUAAUUUAUUUAUUUUUAUGGAGAACUUAAAGUUCUUAUAUUUUUUUUGUUGUAUAAACUUUACUCAAAAAGGUGAUGAUUUGGGUUAUUCGCAUUUGACUUAAAUUAAAAAAAUGUAAUAUUUAUUGUUCUUGGUUUUUUUUAACUUAAAUAUUGGUGAUCAAAGUAAAAGUCACAAUACGACACGGUUGAUAUCAAUGGUCAAAAAACAAUUUUUGUGUUUCAUGUGAUUUUGUGUUUGUUUCUAUUUCAAAUUGAUAUUUAAAACAGGAACAAUUUGUAUCUUAUAGCUUUUGUUUUUGAGUUACAGCUUUUUUUUGUUGAAUUUGGAUAUAAUGUAGCUUCGUCAAAAGAAUUUGUAGUGAAUACGUUUUUCUAAAAUACUGAAAUACAGAAAUGUUUAAAUUUUUAAUGAAUACUCUAAAAUUUGAUUGUGUAAUCAGUGAAAGCAAUACUUACUUACUUACUUGCUUAGGUCCUCAGACCUGUUAAGUCCGCUUCUCGGUCGUCCAGCUCUUCUUCCUUCUUGUGUGAGCGGAUUCCACUGCAUUGCCUGCAAUGCAGUCGUUAACUUUUCGAAGUUACGCCUUCGUAUUAUAGAGUCUAUAGGUUCCUGGCCUGUCCUUCUCUGUCUUGUAACGGCUGAAGUAACCUUCCAAGUGCUGCACCCAUAAAGAAGCACAGAUUCGACAUUUGUGCGAAACAGUCGUAGCUUUGUUAUUAAGCUGAUAUGGUUAUUCCUGCAAAUUUUCGACAACAUACCGAACGCAGCUUUUGCUUUGCCGAUGCGGCAGAUGGAGUCUUGUUCGGUUCCGCCUUCGAUGGAGACGAUACUCGAUAGUUAUUGAAAGCUCUCCACUUUUUUCACCAGGGAAAGCCAUGAGUUUUUCAAGUGUAUACAAGAAAUGUUUCUGAGAUUAUAAUUCAAUGCGAAAAUAGAUGAAGUAUUGUUUUUACUUACUUAAGGUGGUGCUUCAGAGUUUUGGGAUGGACCUUGGCCUCAACAAACAUGUGCCUGCAGCCAGCUUUGUCCCUAGCUAACUGUCUCAAGUUUCGCAAGCUACGUUGGUUGAGGUCCUCUCCCAACUGUGUUUGCCACUGAAGUCGCAGUCUUUCUCUACUGUCCCUCGGGAUUUGAUUCGAAGACCUUUCGGGCUGGAGCUUUGAUAUCCAUUCCCUCUAUAUGAUCCUGGGAUGAUGAGUGCCUUAUAUAGGAUGCAUUUAGUUGCUUAAGAGAAGUCUUUACUACUCAACUGUUGCCUAAGUUCAGCAUUGGUGUCAUUGUCUAAAUUUAAAGUGGUGGCUACGCAGACAAAGUCCUAAUUAAAAGAUCGUAACGUAACGUAAUGUGACUCUAACAGAAGCUCUAGUUCAUGGCUGAAUUACAAACACGCUUCAGCUUCGGCUAAUGCUGCGUUACGGUGGCCUGCUUCGAGGUUGCUUUGAAGGACAUUUCUAUUAUUUCAUCCCUCCAAAGAGAAAAUAUUUUGUUUGUUGAGAUUUUUUUUAAAGCUGUUGAGCUGUCACACAAUGAAUAGCUUGGUAGUGCAAUUUUGCAUUCACAAAGUUAGUUGAAUUUUGACUACGUAGUCUCUACCUUUUUGAAUGCUCCAAUACAGCUGCACAAUCUGCCCGAACGCUUACGACAGUCUGCCGUUUAUGAACGGUAGGUAUUGCAGUUCGACUUGGUUAGUUCGAUCGAAAAUCUGACUUUAUGAAUGCAGAUAACGCAGUUCUUAGUUAGGCUGACGUUUAUGAAUACACCCAUUGAAUGCAGAUAACGCAGUUCUUAGUUAGCCUGACGUUUAUGAAUACACCCAUUCUCCGUUUGAUUUCAGCGUUAUUGUCAUUGUUUAAAUUUAUGGAGGCACUUAGGUAGGCAAAGACCUUAACUAAUUCUAAGAUAAAGUUGACUAUUGUGACGUAUUGCUUUCCUGGUCUGAAGCCACACUGAUAAUAAUUUUAAAAAUUAAAAUUGACAACAAAAAAAUUAAAGUUGAAUAAUUUCAGGAUGUUGAGUAUCUGCCUCAGACGCUCACAUAAUACGAUAGAAACAGUCUUAUAGGCGAAUAUUUAGGAAACUGAUACUUCUGUAGUUGGCGUAGUUUAGAUGGUUUUCUUUUUUGAAAAUCAGGCAAAACUAUGCUAAGAUUCGUUAGGGAUGCCAUCAGCCCCAGCAUCUCUCUUGAAUGAAGUCAGUGGUCGGGAGAAGUGAGGAAUUGUUGUUCUGCGGCGCCUAGGUUCCAUCGUGCUAUCUCCCCUACAGCGGAAUUCGUAAUAGCCGUUAUAUAGUUUAGAAAAAAGGGGUCUUUUCAUAUUCUCAGCAUAGACUGCAGUUUUCGUAUUCAUCGUGCUUCCAUCAUUUUAUAUUAUACUCGUGAUUGUUAGUGCCUCUUACGAGCAAGUCACAAAAUUAUCCAAGAGUAAUUCUUGUCAUCAAAAGUGCUAAGCCGUUUGGAAUCGGCUUAAAACUGUAGGUCCCCUCCAUCCCUGACAACAUUACUCGCACACUAGAAAGGUUGAGAGUUGUAAGUCACUAGGCUCUAGUUCGUAAUGAACUCUUACGCAACCUAAUUUAUUUAUUUAUAAUGAUGAAUAAUAACUUCCGAACUUUUAAGAGCUAGGGUAUGACAUUAAACUUUUUGGGUAUGUUCAUCAGCGUAAAUUAAACUCUAUAUCGAGGGAAGUGAGACUACUGCUUGACGAGAAAUUAUAAUUGAUACGUUUAAGCCCAUUUUCGAAUGUACUAUUAAGUAAAGAUUCGUUCUUAAGCCGCACUACGCGAAUGGGUAAUUUUAUACUACGAUCUGUAUUGAUGUCAUUGCAAUAUUCAAAAUCAAUAUUUCUUAGAAAAAUCAAUUAUUUUUAGCUUGGAAAAGAAAAUGCUAUUAUUGUCGAUUCAUAAGUAUUGAAAAUUAUGUUGGUAAUUUUUAUCGCAAAGUUAAAAACAGGGCUACCGGAAUUGCAUUUUUCAACAUCAUAUUGAUAGUUGGCCGAGAGAUUAUGAAAAUUGAAUGGGGUCUUAUGUGGUAUAAAUCCUCUCUUUAGGUUUCUUUAAAACAGAAAAUGUACCUAAUUUUUCUAGACCUGUUGCAUACAUCUUAUAUUAAUUCCCUUUACAAUUAGAGAACAUAACUAGAAGCCUUCAAACUUUCAAGCUUUGAAGCAAAAAGAUUUGUAAAGCACUUUACAUGUAUACCGAUCGUUUAGUUUUAUCUACAUCAUCCAAACUGUAACUAGAAAAAGGCUGCUAGCUGUCUUCACAUGUUCCUAUAAAAAGAAUUUUUAAAUACAAAUUAAUUAGAAAUACAAAUAAACUUUCCCAUAAUUGUUGCCAAACGGCAAAUUCUUUAUAUAUUUUCAUUUAAUCACAAACAAAUUUUCUACAAUAAAAACGGUUUCUAAUCUUAACUCAACUAAGAUAUAUUUUUUUUCGUUUUUUCAAAAAUAAGGUAUGUCAUAUUUCAAAAAAUGUAACACACCAAAACUUCAAUUUUAAUAUAAAACAGAAAAUCUUUUUAGCAUUAAACUUUUAUUUUAAUUUGACACAAACAUAAAUAAACUGAAAUAAGAACAAAUCUCACCUAAUUAAAAUAUACUAAAUUUAAUUUUUAAGAAAACAAAAUACCAAAAAAGACUGAACAAAACUAUUGCCUUGAAUUAUGACAUACCUCUUUUUUUUCAAAGCCUAAAGAUUGUUAGCACAAACGCAUUGUUCGUAUUUUUAUUUUGUUAUAAAUUUAUAUAUAAAACUUUUCAUACCCAAAGCAUUGUCCCUUUUGAGAUUACUUUUUGUAGAUUUAAACAUUUUAAAAAAUAAACUAUUUAAUUAAGUAUUUAUUGUAUUUAUUUAUAAUUUUAAAGUAUGUAAACUAAUUGAAAAAAAAAACACACACAAAUUGUUAAGAGUUAGGAUUACAUAUCUUUGACAAAAGAAAAAUUAAAAAUUCGUACAAACAUUUUAAAUAAAAUUAAAAAAAUUCUUUUUAUCUCACACUCCUAAAAAAAAAACACUAAAUUUGUUGAUUCUAAAUCAAAAAACAAAACAAAACAUAUUGUAUGCCUAACUAACUAACUAAAAAGAACAAACCUUGGAUUGCACGCCUAGAAUCUCAAUGAGUUAACAUAAGUUACUUAUUUUGUAGAAGCCAAAGAAAAUUACCAACAAUAAGAAAACAUAAUGUCAAUGAACAAAAA